AAAGCAUCGCUACCAUCAUGCUAGCUGAACAAGUCCUGUAACUAGCUUUGCUAACCCAUGCCACAACAACUUGGGUUGUUUUUUCUGAUUGUGGUAUCUCCUUUUCAUGGACACUGGGACGUAGAAUGGAAACAGCAACGUGUGCGUGAAGGUCGUUGUUUCGUUUGCCAAGAGGACCGGAGAGGACAGCUGCCUUGGUGAACUAGCCAGUAAGCUAGCGCGGCUAACCGUAACAUUCUCACACUGUCUGCCAUCACGACCAGUACAACAGACAUCAAGCCAGUCGGCGUUUCGACGUUUCUACCAUCAUCAUGGAGAAGGCAGAUUUCUUGAAAGGACUUCCUGUCUACAAUAAGAGCAACUUCAGCAGGUUUCAUGCAGAUUCUGUUUGUAAAGCAUCUAAUCGGAGGCCCUCGGUGUACCUUCCAACACGUGAAUACCCAUCUGAACAGAUUAUUGUAACAGAGAAAACCAACAUCCUUCUGCGUUACCUCCAUCAGCAGUGGGACAAAAAGAAUGCAGCAAAGAAAAGGGAGCAGGAACAAGUUGAGGGUGGCAGCCCAGCACCCCCAAGGAAGAUCGCCAGGACAGAUAGCCAAGAGAUGAAUGAGGACUCAUAAAUGUAUGUGUGUGCAUGGAUGUGUGAGUGUUUGUUUGUACAGGGUAUAGCCAGUGUAAACUAACAAAAACAAAGGAUAAUCCCACCUGAAUACAGACUUCUGACCAUUACAGUAGUGUAACAGGAAGCCUUUCCUGUCAUAAAAUCAAGAAAUCACCCAUAAAGAAUUCUGGAAAUUCCUGUCAACAAAUGAUGUGAAGAUAGAGUGCAUCAAAAGAUCACUGUUAGUCGCAACAUUAACAGAGCAGAGCCAUCACCAGAGAGGGAAUUUUAUACUGGUGUUUCUUUAAUUAAUGUUGGCAAUUCCCUGAGUGGGUUAGUAUAUAUGUAUAUGUUUGUAUGCAUGCUGAGCUGUGAGCGUGUGUUUAUUGUGUAAUGUACCGUAUGUGUGAGAUGAGUGAAUAGUUGAACAAGUGUCAGAGUAGAUUUAAGAUCAGAGAUGGACUUGACAGAUAUAAGUCAGACACUACCCUUAAAAUCAGUCUCAUAACUGGUACAUGACUUGUGUAGCCUUCUGUCUCCUGGAGAGUCUGUCCUGAUAUGUGCGAAGAUAACAUUUUGUUACUGUUAAUUUUAUUAUAACUAUUAUUGUUUAUGUAUGGCAAUGAGCUUCCUGCCAGCCACAGUGCCCGCCCUCUCAGUUUCACUGCCCACUCUGCAACCACAUGGGGGCAUUGCAACAUUUCUCCACACUGUUUGAAUCAACAGAACCAAGAAUGCACUGUGAAGAACAGCACAAAGUAGAAGCAGCUCUUCCCCUUAGAUGUGUGUUUAUGGUGAAUAUACAUAUCUUCAUUCUAUUCUGGGACUUGUGCUUGUAGGGUAAAUAUUGUGUUGGUGUUACUGAGAAAUAUUUUUACAUCUAGCACCACCUUCUGGCCAAUCAAAGCCCUCAAGAAAGGUUUUGGCCUUGAGUUCUACCUUUUCUUUCAUCAAAGGAUAUAAAAGAAAAAGAAGGAAGAAGUUACGACCAAAUAUGAAAAUGUUAAUCAUAUUGUUGGAUUUUCAGUUGCACAACUUGGUAACAGCACAGAUAGUGAAGAAAAAUAUGUAUUGUAAUGUAUGGAAAAGGGAAAAAAGAAUACAUUAUGUUGUGUGUAAAUAAUUACCAAUACCAGAAUUAGUUUAUCUGAUGGAACAUCUUUGUGUCUGCCUUUUUGUAAAAUAAUACAUGCCCAUGGAUACAGUAGAAAAUCACCCUUGUGAAAGGAAAGACAAGAGCCAUGUACCCAGUGGUUGUUACCUUGCCUUGCAUGUUGAUGUUUUCACGACUGGGUCUUAUAUUCCUGGGCCAGUAAUAAAACUUAAGGGGUGUUGGAGUUGUGAUGUUAUCUCGGGGGUCUGUGGAAGGUAUAAGCCUAGAGGCCUUACAACCUGUUGUCAUGGUUUAGACCCUUUUGCUCCCCCGGCUCUGGGCCUGGGAUAAGUUAACUGUUCAGCCUGUCUUUGCAAGAGGCCCACCUGGUUUUUGUCUGAGAGCUGGCUUAGGUGAACACGAGGGGGUUAAAGGGGUGUUAUAUUUUAAGCCACAGAAUGCACAAUAAGCAUGCACAGCAAAGUGCAGUCGCCAUCCUGCCUUGUUCCAGAGAUUCAGUUUGUAUUGGUGUCAUAUACUGUACAACACUGAAUAAAGCUUUUUAUUAAAUGUUCUUACCACUGCCCAUUAAGAGUCACAUCAAAGCCUCCUGUCCUUCCUGUCCUUUUAUCAGUUGAUGCUGCAGCGUGGGUUCAUAGUGUGGUCAGACAUCUACGGUGUAAAUACCCUGUCUGUUUUUGAAGCGUAAAAACCAUGUUAGGCUUCUGCUCAGAUAGACUGUUCUACUACACCCUAAGCCUUGCCCCAUCUCCUGUGUUAGACAUAUUCUUUUUAGCUUUGCUGAAAUAAAACUGGAUUGAAACUG